UCGGCGCGUGCACGCACGCGACCGGCGCUCCCUGAUAUUUGAGUCGCCGCGCCCUUGUGCAGUUUCCUGGGGUGGCGAAGUGCUAACUAUCGAUCGAAAUAGAUCGGACAUCGCUGAUUGGGAUUGUGUAGGUCAAGGUUGUGAGAUAGUUUCCGGCGACUUGCAAAUUUGAUUUGCCUGCACCAUGGCACUUCAUGUCCCACGAGCACCCGGCAUCGGGCAGAUGCUGAAAGAAGGGUCCAAGCAUCUGUCCGGCUUAGACGAGGCUGUGUAUGGCAACAUUCGCGCCUGCAAGGAGUUCACCGACACUCUUAAGACGGCCUAUGGACCUCGCGGCAUGAACAAGAUGGUCAUCAAUCACAUUGAUAAACUCUUUGUGACAAGUGAUGCAGCCACAAUCAUCAGAGAAUUAGAGGUGGAACAUCCGGCGGCGAAGAUGAUGAUUCUCAGCUCGCAGAUGCAGGAGCAGGAGGUCGGGGAUGGCACCAACUUCGUUCUCAUCAUGGCUGGUUCGCUCCUGGAGUCGGCAGAAGACCUACUCAGGAUGGGCCUGACGCCGACGGAGGUGGUGGAGGGAUACGAGAUGGCGCUGAACAAGGCGCUGGAGCUGCUGCCAACGCUCACCUGCGGCGAGGUUAAGGACGUGCACAACGAGGCCGAGGUCAAGCGGGCCAUCCGGCCGGCAGUGAUGAGCAAACAGUACGGCAACGAGGACUUCAUCACCGAUCUCAUCACCAAAGCGUGCCUAUCGAUCCUGCCAGAGAAGACUGCCUUCAGCGUCGACAACGUGCGGGUCUCGAAGAUCCUGGGCGCGGGUCUGCUCAGCUCACAGGUGGUGCAGGGCAUGGUGUUCCGGCGCGAGGCCGAGGGCACCGUCACCUCCAUGGAGAAGGCCAAGGUGGCCGUCUUCACGUGUCCCGUCGACAUCGCCGCCACCGAGACCAAGGGUACCGUUCUCAUUAAGUCUGCUCAGGAACUGAAGGACUUCUCCCGCGGAGAAGAGAACCAGCUAGAAGAACAAAUUAAGGCCAUCGCCGCCACGGGAGCCAAGGUGAUCGUGGCCGGCGGCAAGUUCGGCGACAUGGCGCUGCAUUACGUCAACAAGUACGGCCUGAUGGCGGUGCGCAUCAUGAGCAAGUUCGACCUGCGCCGGCUGUGCAAGACGGUGGGCGCGACGGCGCUGCCGCGCCUGACGGCGCCCGCCGCCGGCGAGCUGGGCUACUGCGACCGCGUCUACACGGACGAGCUGGGCGAGACGGCCGUGGUCGUGUUCCGCCAGCAGGCGGCCGAGAGCCGCAUCGCCACGGUCGUCGUCCGCGGCGCCACCGACAACAUGAUGGACGACGUGGAGCGUGCCGUCGACGACGGCGUCAACAACUUCAAGGCGCUCACCAAGGACGGCCGCUUACUGCCAGGCGGCGGCGCCUGCGAGAUGGAGCUGGCCCACCUGGUCUCCCAGUACGCCGACACGUGCCCCGGCCUCGAGCAGUACGCCAUCAAGCGAUUCGCCUCGGCGCUCGAGGUGUUCCCCAAGGUGCUGGCCGACAACUCGGGCUGCAAGUCGACCGAGGUGCUGUCUCGGCUGUACGCGGCCCACCAGGAGGGCCGCAAGACGGCCGCCUUCAACGUGGAGGGCGAGGGCGCUGACACGACCUUGGACGCCGUCGAGGCGGGCAUCUUCGACCUCUGGCUGACCAAGCACUGGGCGCUGAAGUACGCCGCCGCCGCCGCAUGCACCGUUCUCAAGGUGGACCUGAUCAUCAUGGCCAAGCGCGCCGGAGGACCCAAGCCGCGCGAGAACAAGGACUGGGACGAGGACUAGUCGUGACGCGCCCCCGCGCCAGCUGCUGCCGCCGCCGCCGACUGGCGGGUGGGGGAGGGGUAUGUCAGCUCGGCUUCCCGCCGCCACUGCAGUUGGUGCCCAGCUGGGUGUUUGCCACACAUUUCCACGUGAAUUAACAAUGCUCGGCGUAUUGCCCGUUUGCGUCUGCGACUAAAUAGUUUCUGUUCUUGCUGCGAUUUGGCUGCGGUCGCAGCACAACGUGCUCUGCAUCCGAAUGCCGUACCAUACUGACAUAACAUGUUCAAUACAAGCAGCAUCUCCAG